AUGCCAGCACGCCAUGCCGCGUCAGAUGUGGCUCUUGUACCGGUUGUAACAGUUGUUGAGGAGGUUAGCAACCCCAGCAGGGGCCACAGUGGUCCACAGGGCCCCAUCGUACGGGAUUCUCCAUCGGGUGACCCGCUGCAGGACUGCGGCAGUCUCCGUGCACAGCUGUCAGAUGCUACUCGAAUUGGCGGCUUUCCUCCGGAGCCCGAGCCACUGACGCCACUGGAGUUGGGCGCACUGCAGGCAGCGCUGCAGGAGGCGGCUGCAGCUACCGCGUUUCCACACGGCGGUGAGCCCACUCAGGAGGGCGUAGCGGCCGUGGAGCAGCUGGCACAGCAGGCGCUGGAGGGUAUAGACCUGUCCCGACCGGUGGAAGGCGGUCCCGGUGCUAUCGGCUUGGCGCCCUGGCCGGACGCUGCCAACGGAGGGAGCGGCGAGGAGGGCAUCUCGGUGGAGCUGCUCGUGCGGGCAGGGCCGGAGCGGGUUUCCGCGCUGAGCACCGCGCUAGCCUGCCUGCUGCGGCGCACGCUGUCCCCUCGUAACUGCUUCGCGGUGCUGCUGCUGGGUCGGCGCCUGGGUUGCAGUGUGCUGGCGGAGGAGGCACUGCUGGCCUGCAUAGCCAGCUUCCCCGCAGCAGUGCGGGCGGACAAGCGCCAUUUCCUCAUGCUGGAUGACUCGUCGUUGUUGCUCAUCACGUCCAACUCCAAUCUGCAGGUGUUCCAAGAGCUGGAUGUGUGGCAGGCCAUCUCUGAGUGGGUGCAGCACUCGUGGGAGUCCCGUCGCGGCCACCUGUAUGACUUGCUCCAGGCGGGUGUACGGCUGUCCCACCUAGACACGCUCCAGCUCAGCCAGCUGCAAAGGCAUCCCCUGCUGCUUGCCGAGCCAGGGCCGGCGGCCCAACUGGGCACUCCACCCCCGCCACCCGCCGCCGCUGCCGCGAACACCACAAGCACCGUCAAACUGGAGCCUUGGGGCUGCAACGCCCUUGGACCGGUUGCUAAGACCGGCUCGGAAGCAUCUGGAGGAUUCGGCACCUCGCAUCAGGUGCAGCAGCGUCAGCCACGGCAGGCCAGUCCGGGUCCCUUGCCAGGGGUGCAAGCGCAUAGCGAGGCAGGCGCCGGCGGCGGCAAUGCCGACAAGCGGCAGUUGGCAUCCAUGUUGGCGCAGGCGAUUGCCAAGGCGGCUGCCAAGCAGGGCCUCCCACGCAUCCAGCUCGGUGCUGGGGGCCAGGUGACCCCGGGUGCCGUGCAGGCAGCGCUAAGCGCGGCCCAGAAACAGAUGGCAGCGAACCCGCAGCUGCAGGAGAUGCUGCGCGAGGCAAAGGCGCAGAUGGCGCAGUCCUCUGCACCUUCAGCUAUCGGUUCCACCGCCUCCGCGUCCUCACCCUCGCCCCUUGCCAUCAGCCCUGGCCUCGCCUCCCAGCUGUUGCUGGCGCCCGGCUCACAUGCGUCUAACCUUGCUGGGCAGCAGUUGGAGCCGGGUCGGCCGCCGCCGCUACAGCAACAUAUGGCCCUUGCGCCGCAGCAGUUGCUGCAGAUUGCGGCGGCGGUGCAGAAAGCGGUUCGCAGCGGCCAGCCGCAGCCGCCGCACGUUCGGCAGCAGCUGCAGCAGCUACAAGCCUUUAUCUCCCGCCAGCUGGCCGCCACACCCGCAGGGUCUCCACAGCAGCCACUGCUACUCUCGCUGCAGUCCAUGUUGGCGGGUGCUGGUCCAGGCACUGUCUCAUCUCCGCAGCCCGGGGCCCAGCAGCUACAGGCAGGAGAGCUCCGGCAGAACGCGGCGGACGCAGGAAGGUUGCCGGAACAGCAGCAGCGGCAGGAGCAUGAGGCACUUGCAGUCGCGCACGCGGAAGGAAAAGCAGGGCAAUGGCAGGGGCAGGAUGUAGCGCAGUGGCAGGGAGUUGCUGGUGAGACUGAGGAGGUCGCGGCACCGCCAGGUGGCGCGGGUGGGCAGCUGGGCAAACCGGGAGGCCCCCGACUGUUAGACGGUGGCGCGGGGACGGAAGUCCGGCUAAGGGUAGGAGAGGAGGAGGUAGGGGAACCUGAUUCCAAACGGCGUCGGCAUGAGUAGUUACCCCUGGCACAACGUUGAUGCGGCAAAAGAACUAAAGGAUGCUGUUUGGUCCGUUUGCCACACCGUUAUUGUUUGAGGAUUGAUUUACUGUCUUGCGGAUUAAUUUUUGGCAGCUGCGUAUACUGACCGAGCUCUUGCAUUGUGUGAGCUCCAGAACUGAGCUUUGGCAGCUGCGCGUACUGAACGAGUGCGCACUGCAGAGCCUGUGUAUGUGUGGGAACUCGGACCAGCGGGCCGAGCAAACAGCAAAGCUUAAGCGGAUGCAGAAACGGUUGGCUUCGGUUGCCUAAUGUGCUGGGUGUUGAAGUAAGGCAUUAAAAAGUAAGGAGCACCCCUUACAAGGGCAUAGCUUGCAAGCAAGCAUAUUAUUGGGUUGCGGUAGCCCAAUGCAUUGAUGCCACGCCGGAACUAUCGUGUUAUUUAGUUUUCAUUGGUCACUUUAUUGCUUCACAGGGUUCGCUGUCGCAAAUAGCGCAAUUUUGCAGUGCCAAUCCACUGGCUACAGCGUCCGGUUCAGGUCCCGCUGUUUCAGCCAAGUGACGCGCACGGCCCCGGGGCCUCGCAGUCUCGCUUUCCGUCCAGCAAUGGACUGUUGCACUCCCACAAUGCUCAGCCACCCCUAGGAAAAGCUCCAUCGCCCGGCUCCGCCAUACCCCAACAUAGCUUUAAGUGGUCAGGCAGAUGAGCAGUCAGGAAAUGCUAUGCGCACGCUCAAGCACCGCAAUCACAUUCACAGCUCCGCAUGUCCACAUACCGACAAAAGCCAGCACCGCCUCCCCGGCGAGGAUAAAGUACAACAAACUCGCAGCCCAGUACAGUACUCAAGCCAUGUGCUCCCCCGAGCCGCUACGGCUAUGACCCACAUAUGCCUCCACAGGCUCAAGUUGCGCAGUGUAUUCCCUCAGUCACCCCACGAAGGCGCUGGCUGGCCAGGCCACAGCCAGUCAAGAACAAGGAAAGACAGCCACGCCGAAACCGAGCAUCCUACUCGAGCGCCCAUUUGGAUUCCCCCUUAGCAUGAUAUGCCAGCUGCUGUGAGGCCGUAACCAGGCACCCGCUACCCUGGCGCAAUUACUACCUACCGGUCCGUUACCGUCCUUCCUGCAACCCACAUACGGUCAUCCGUAUCAUCAGGCUACGCGGAACGCAACUAAGAAUGUCGCGUUACGGUG